AUCACUAGACAUAUCAGCUGACUAAAAAUGGAGAAGGAGCGGAGUCACAUGACCGAGAGGAUAAUAGACCUCACCCUGGAGAUUGUCUACUUGCUGACCGGAGAGAAUUAUAUCGCUUUCAAGUUAUCCAAUGGUUUGGUGGCAACCAACAUGAAGAAGACCCAAAACCCCGACAUAGAUCCUCCAUCUCACUCCCUGAGAAAGAACAAGAAGAUUGAAGAAGUCACCAGCGAGAUCAUUGGUCUGCUGACGGGAGAGGUGACACUGGAUGUUACCCGGAUUGAUGGUAGAACACAGGCAAAAGAGGGAGUAGGAGAGCCAUAUGUGAGGUCUGAGGAGCCAUGUAUGGAAGAGAUGAGCACAGACCCCGGAGACACCAGAGACACUCAGAGAGACGUCAAAGCUGAGGAGGAGGAAGAAGAACAUGUGAGGAUUAAAGUGGAGGACGUUCCUCCAGAGAUGAGCACAGGUGGACAACCCAGCGGAAAUAACAGAGAGAAAUUCUGCUUCAUCACUCCAGACGGUAAAACAGAAGACGAUGAGAUCAUGUGCCAAGUGAGCGGCAUUACCCCAAAUCUCCAUCUCAUACCUCCCAGUGCAGCGCUGUCCUCUGAUCCCUUUACACAUGAGGGCGAGUUUCCUAAUCUCUGUCCUCCUAUCAGCCAUCCUAUAUUUUCCGGUGUGGGUGAUACAUUACCAUCUUCUGAUCGUGGUGAAUAUUUUACCCAGACGGAGGACCUCGCAUCCCACCCAAGAUCGCAAACAGAGGAAAAGCUCUAUUCCUGUGCGCAGUGUGGGAAGUGCUUUACCCGAAGAGCCUACCUUGCCAAACAUCAGCGGAUUCAUGUUGGUUUGACGCCAUUUUCGUGCUCCGAAUGUGGCAAAUGUUUCACCCGGAGAACCAGCCUUAUUAACCACCAGAGGACUCACACGGGGGUGAAGCCAUACUCAUGUCCAGAAUGCGGGAAAUGUUUUACCUGGAGGACCACUUUCAUCGAGCAUCAGAGAUCGCAUACGGGGGUGAAGCCAUAUUCGUGUCCAGUGUGCGGAAAGUGUUUUUCUCUGUAUUCAGCUUUUAGUAAACACCAGAAGAUCCACACGGGGGAGAAGCCGUAUUUGUGUGCUGAAUGUGGGAGGCAUUUCACCCGCAGUGACCACCUUAUGAUACAUCAGAGGACUCACACCGGGGAGAAGCCGUAUUCAUGUGCCGAAUGCGGGAAACGCUUUAAUGAAAGGGCGAGGCUUGUCACACAUCAAGUCGUUCACACCGGUAUUCAUCCAUAUUCCUGUUCUGUGUGCGGGAGAGGUUUCAUCACCAAUUCCAGGCUUGUCAAACAUCAGCAGGUCCACCUAAACUUGGAGCCACAUGCUUGGACUGAAUGAGGGAGAUGGUCUGUGGCAGAUAAAUAUACUUAUCUGCUGAUAGAAAACAAGUUCCGUUCAUUUUUG